ACCCCUAUGAAAAAGUACUUUCUCAACAAAAUGUCCACCGGCAAGCGUCUGGCGAAGCGCUCGAUCGUGGGUACGCGCGUCUGUGCGCCCGGGACCGACGGUAUCUGGUACUCGGGCAAGAUCGAGUUCGUCAAGACGGCGACGGAUCAGCAGAAGGAGCAACCGGGCCGUACCGGGACGGGCGGCACCAACGGUGGCAGCAACUUCCUGCCCGGGUUGACGACGCCCGCCCGCUACACCGUGCUGUUCGACAGCAUGAAGGACGGUGCCCGGCUCGGGUUGGCCCGCGAGUUCCGCGAGACCGAGCUGAUCGGGCGCGGCUUUCGGACGAUCGCGGACGUGAAGCUGAAACCGGGCCAGAAGGUGUUCCUCACGUACAACGGGCGGGAGAACGCUGGCGAGGUGAUCGCACACGACGAUCUGAAGGAUGAGGUGAAGGUGCGCAUUGCCGGUGCGACGAACGGUGCUGCUCAAGAGGCUCCGAUCGAGCUGACCAAGCGCCUGGAAGAGAUUCGGCUGCUGGAGUCGCGCCGCUCCCAGCGACUGGCCGUCCAGGAGAAAGAUACGGACUUUGCCCGGCUGGCGGAUAUGGCCGGCGAUCGUCGACGACAAUCAAACAGCAUCGAUGUGCCAUUCUCACUGACGCAACAGAACGGAUCUCGCAAACGACGGCCCUCGUACUCGCAGGACGAUCGAGAGUACUACAGUAUUAACGACGACGAUCCGAUGGACGAAUGUAACGCCGCGCUGGUACUUAUGAGCCUGUCCUGCUCGCCGAACUCAUCCGCGCACGGUUACGAAACAAUUCUCGGCACCAGUUCGGGCAGCAGCACCACCAGCUGGAGUACCGGAUCGACUUCGCCGCCGCUGAGCGAGGAUGGACAUUCCACACCACCGACGCACCACUACCAGCACGAGCUGCAUCACCAUCAUCAUCACAAUGGCCGCCACCAGACGGCGUCGGGCGGCCCAGGUCGGGGGGCACGCACCACGUCCCUGUCAACGUCGGAUGAAGGCAUCGGCAUGGAGGACAUGCCAAGGAAGCGUCGGGUCAGUCAGCGAAUUUUCAAAUGCACCUGGAAAGGUUGUGGCGUCAUCUAUACUACAUGUCCCGAAAUCACACAACACAUUAGGAACGCACAUCUUGGCCCUCGUAAGCCGAACGAGUACAGCGACGAGGAGGAUUUCUUCUUCACCGAAACCGAGGAUGAGAGCGACGAGAGCGCGCCGAAUCCACCCUCGCCACCGACGCUGAGCCAUCGCGACAUGGCACGACCCCCGCACGAGGAUCCCGAAUAUCAGCGCCAGAUCGUUGGCAACUACCGGCAGGGGUUGCUCUCGCAAUCGCAGGCCCUCCAGCAGCAGGCCGCCCAACAGCAGCAGCAGCAGCAGCAACAGCAUCAAGCGCAACAGCAGAUCGCCUCGAUCAAGCCACCGCUACCGGCCGGCCUGACGGUGGCGGCACUGAGCGGCACCAACGGCACCACGUCCAGCAAUGGUGCCGGCUCAAACGGUAACAGCAGCAACAGCAACGGUAGCAGCAGUAGCAAUGGUGCGGUCAAUCCACACAGCAGCGUAUCACCGCUGAUCCAUCACAAUUACACCUGGUCCCAGGUGAGCCCGACGUCACCCCAGAAGCACGUACGACUAUCGCCCCGUCCGUCGGCAUCGUAUCCGUAUCCGUCGCCGAACUACCAGCAUCACUACCAGGCGCAGGCCGCCCAGCAGCAGCAGCAGCACCAUCAGCAGCAGCUCGGUCACAUCCAGCUGUCGCCGGGCGGUGCGAGCAGCGGUGCCAACAACGGGACGGCCGCCUACCACCAGCUGCUGGCCGGUGCGGCCGGUGCGUCCGGUGCGAUCGCGCUCGGCUCGUACAGUACCAGCCCGAGCUCGAGCGGUGGCGGCAGCAGCGUGGGCAGUGCGGGCAGCGGCCAGCACCGGUCGCCGGUGUCACCGAACCGGAGGACGCGCGGUGAGAACAAGAAAUGCCGCAAGGUGUACGGCAUGGACCACAAGGACCAGUGGUGCACCCAGUGCAAGUGGAAGAAGGCUUGCAGCCGGUUCGGCGACUGAUCCAAGCCGUCCGCCGGCCACCGCAAAGCAGCAGCAGCAGCAACACCACCGAACAGUAGCAGCAGCGCCAAGUUGCCACCGCCGGCCGUUGGGCCGGGUGGCGCACUGCCGGGAGUCGCCGCCCCGUCUACUUCGCCAUCGUCUUCACAGUCGCUGUGGAUAUCGUCGUCGUCGUCGUCGUCGUCGUCGUCAUCCUCCUCCUCCUCUUCCUCAUCGUCGUCCUGCUCGCCGUCGUCCGCGGUCGCGAUGGUCAAACAGGUGAUCCAGCUGCCGUCGCAACCGCUCCAACUGCAGCCGGCCGCACCAUCGUCGCUGCUCCUACACAACCAGCACAGCCAGCAGCAGCCGCAACCGCACCGUUUCAGUGUGCAGUACGCACAACCGCAGCAACCACGUCCACGCGCACCGGGCAUGGCGGUGGUUUGAUGUGACGGCGGUCACACCUAGCCGUGGAGCCGCCUAACGCCGAACUCCACCCGGAAUUGCACUUAACCGUUGGACGCUGAUGGAACGUACCGAACUUCCCGCCAACUUUCAAGUCUGCCGACAAACUCACCAGGCGCCACCGCUCAUCGGCGAUAUCGGAAGCAUCGCAAAACCGUAAGUAACCGAUAGACCGAAGCAAAAACAUCCCCGUAGUGUAAUAUGUAAGACUAAAAAUUGUGACCCGAAGGCAAAUAAGGACGAACGGUUCAGUUACAAGGCAGUGGCGCAUCCAUAAGGAGAAAAAAAAAACAAAAUGGAGAGUUGAGGAAAAAAAGAACAACACACAAUUACUAGAAGAUCUUAACAAACAAAACGAAAUACGAAAACCACAAGACAUCAAAGGCUGAUUUAGUUUUAACAUGCGGAUUAAACCAGAGUAAAAAAAAUCCAGACAUACAAUCUUAAGCCGAACCGAACUGGGUGAUAACGAACUGGCAGAAAUACGAUCGUGACGGUACUGAAGUUAUUGACAAAACAAAAGAAAGGUGGAAAAAAAUGAAACAGAUCGAUAUUAUCAGCGAAUGAACGUCACUCGCAUGGAGGUGCUUUUGGUGCAUGGGCAGCAACCAUCCAGUGAACCAUCCCUUCAGCGGCUGAACUGAAACAAUCUUUACGACAACACGAUAUCUAUAAUACCGUCCGUUACAAAACCAAUCCCCUGACCCAAUCUGACGAUCCAGAGGCGAUCACCAGAGCGAUCCGGGGAAGCGUCAAUGAAAGGAUCGGUUUGCCGGUUGGAUGAUCGCCGGUAGAGCGAUCUGCGCCACAAAUGACCGGGCGCCUCCAUCGACGGUUCAUUCCAAAUGCCAGAUUCGGUUCGAAUGAUCUCGACCCGACGUACACACGUUAAACCGAAGCCGGGGGUUUUUGCUUAAGGGGGUUUGAAUUAAACGGGGUUAAUACAUAUUACCGCACCCAAAAAAGAUCUGUAGACGAGCGUUCCAAGGAAAAACAAAAGUCGUGCAAAACAAAACAAAAAAAACAGAGGAGCAAACGAGAAAAUUUAAAACCACUGCCAAUAAGUUAAAUAAAAUGUCGACGAGCGAGAGAGAGAAAAAGAAAAAGAAAUGUCAAAAUGAUAAAAGAAGACAAAAAACAUACACACAUACACACAAAUUCCGUCACCGUUCCGUUGCAAAUGCGAAACGCGCAGGAUGUGAGAGUGAACUGGAGCUGCUGGAUGUGAGUUGCAUAUGGUGCGAUCAAGAAGAAACAAAAGUGAAAAAGAGAAGGCCGCCAAAGCGUGCCAGAAAGGGGUCGAAAAAGAAAGGCAUUGGAAGACGCAUACAUAUAUGUUACGGUGGUGCGAGGCGGGAAGAUGUGUGCGUGAACGGAUGAACAGCUGACGAAAACACAGGUAGCAUGAAUAGGUAAGGCUUAAGUAAGCGAUACACGAUAAACAAAAACAAAACAAAAAACCCGCAACUAAACACAAGUAAACCGUAUAAACGUAAUUCGUAAACCGUAAGUUCUACUGCAAGCGAAACAAGCAAAAAAAAACAAAACAAAAAAAUAAGCAAAUUCUGUCUAUGUGUAAUAGGAGGUAUAAGUACGAGUGACGAUGCGACUGUAAGCGAAGCAUCCAAAGCGCACGGGGCAGAAAAGCAUUAAGAGGAGGCGUAAAUGUGUGCACGAUUACCGGAAACCGGGAGAUCAGAUACCAGGUCGCGUUGGUGUUGGAGACGAUCACUAGCAGGGGCACCGAUACACUGACAGCAAGCUAAAACUCCUAUUUACCAUUAUACGCAAGCACUAAAAACUACUAAAAACACUCACACACUUACACCACGAUACAUGCGUACGUACCGUACAGGUUAUAGGCGCGCCAGGAAGAGUGAGUGACUGAGUGACCGAUGGACUUUUCAUUAUCCUUCCACCGCAUCCUCACGCGUUUCCCCGUUUCGAGUCGUUGCGAGGGCGAAGUGCGUGAUACUCCUUCGCCGCAUUCGCUGGUGAUAUAUAAGACAGGCCUGUCCGGUUGUCUUUCGAUUUAUUAAAAUUUUAAUGCGCGGCAAACGGUGAUGAACCUCAACACGUGGUUCGUGGUUGCUAUUUAUUUUCUUUAUUUUGCGGGAUCGUUGCAAUUCAUCGUUACCUGUCGAACGAAACACAACAUGUGGAUUACGGGGAACUGAAAGUGUGGAAUUUUUUAAACCAGCACGCCCCUGAUUAUGUGCCGGUAGGUUUUUAAAACGUACCGGCAAGUAAUGUGAUAAACCCUGGGGUCCGUUCCGCACUCGGGGUGGGAAAUGAGGGAAGGAAAACGGUGUUUCUUGUUCAUUGCUUAUCGUUCGCCAUUAUUUAUUAGGCAAUCGAUCGAUACCUACUCGAUCGUGCGUGUCCUUAACCUUCUGUUCUGUUAGGUGCGGACUGUUUGUUGUGUCUUCUCUAUUCUCUCGGGGGAGAUGGGAAUCGGUGCGAUAAAGAAAAAAACAACUGUUUUUCACCCAACGACCCGCUUUGGGGUGAGGGUAAAGUUUCGCAAGUGUUGUUUCGCUUCAAUGCAAUGGUUUUGUGUUGUGUUAAGGAUCACGCCACGAUUUUUUGUUGUACUAUUGUACACACCACCCAGUUGCUUCGUGAAAUGUGUGAUGGAAUUUCAAAACAAAAAAAAAACAAAAAACAAAACAAAAGCAAGGCAUUAUGGUGGACAGACGGGAUGCAACAUUACAGUGGCACAGGGUAAAAGAUACGCAAUUUUGCAACUGAUGAUCUCUAUAAAACUGUUCAUUUUUUGUUUGUUUGUUCGUGCGCUCCAUACAUUUAAUUGUAUAUUUAUAAAUAAAUAUUUUUAUUCGUAUCACUGUUUCCGUGUUGUCGCGUGUUGCAUCUGUCCGUUUUGUCCGGUCGAUCCUGUUGCAUACCCACUUUGCCACAAUCGAACCGUUGUGUGGGUGUUUUAUUUAUUUUUUUGUGACUGUUUAUUGUUGAACAAGCUGGCAAUUAAAUUUUCCGUACCUCCAUGCUUCGCAAAACAUUCGUCUCCAUGGAGCUACAGUGGGUUGUUCAAGUGCAAAAGAGUGAAAAAGAGAAAGAGAGAGAGAUAACACCUAAACACCAAUGAACCGACAGCGUGUGUCACCCGAAAACCAAGCCGGGCUCAUUCGGGGUAAGUUGGGUGUACUGCGAACGCAUAUAUACGCAUAUACGCAUUACAUUACUACUCUAUCGUCCAACAAGCCAAUCUAUCGCAAGCAAAGAAAAGCAAUUCGUGCGCGUAAGCAGGGACUGAACAGUGGAAUAAAAUUAAGUCAAACUAAGCAAAUAAAUGUGGACGCCCCGGAGGGGGUAGAGUGCAAACUCCCGGCAAUAAACACUCCCCCUUUCGUUUUGCUUGAAAAGGGGGGGAAAGAGGGGCGAAAGAUCUAAUCCACUAACCAACCACUUACUUGUCAUCGCACUCCUCGACUACUCUUGUUAAUGACAAUCGUGAGCAAAUUGAUAAGCAAAUGCAUUCGAUCGAGGAGGGACAGGGGGAGAGAGGAAAUUGUGGGCAAACACCCGAAAGGUGGAAUUUUCGGCAGUUAGUUAUCGUUUUGACUAUGUGACUGUGUGUUUGGUUGAUCAUCGGCCCCAACGCCGCAAGGUUUCGAUCAAAACGAUCGCCGAGUCGCGGUGUUGUGCCGAUGCUUCACGAAUUCCUUGCUGUGCCGCUUAAGCUCGCCACUAUUUUAGAGCACAAAUUCCACCGGGAAAGUAAACGAACUAUAAUUCUGAACGGGGGUAUGCACCACGGAAAGGGACGGGUGAAUGGUGCGCAAGACGUGGAGGGGAAACUAUUGGCGAGGUACGGGGCAAACGAGAACAAAAAAGGUACGCGGUAUGUAAUGGAAUGAUUGUAUUGAAAAGACUAAAAUUUUUGCCUAUUUACAUGUACAAAACAAAACAUCAAUGGUUAAGUAAUAGUAAACGGUAAGCCCGUCGCGUGGCAGACAAACGAAGCGAGGAUGAAGAUUCGCAGCAUAUUAGCAUAAACUUAACCAACAAAACAAAAACAAACAUACAACCAAAACAUUACUACUUCUACUUUCAAAUCACCUACCGCUUUUUUGUACGAUAUGAUAACGAAUGCUAAUAGUUGCGGUGCAUGGGCAGGUUCGCUGAUCUUACGCGAUCAGCGUUCCCCGAGAGCAUGAUAAUAUUCGCCCUUAAAUCCAUAUAUGGGCUAAACCAGCGGUUGCAUGUAUUUGAUGUCCACAUACUAAGGCGAGAAAGGAUCAAUUGAUGCGUGUAAAACGUGUUUGUUCGGUGUGUAGUAGUGUCCGACCGUUUUAGGUGUAAUUUUCCCUUUCCCGUUUUUUCGUGGUUGUUAGACAUUCGAGACGGUUCGUGCUGGUGUACAAGAGAGCAAGACCCAUACCCUUAACCCUUAAUAGCGUGGAUAGCUUAUACGGGACGUUUUUAACACAAUCCCUGAACGAAUAAAGGCAUCGGCGACGAACCCCUGUUUGUGAGGGUGUGCAGCAUAAUAAACUAUUAUCUAAAUUAUCUCACCAGCACCUCCCAUCUUAACGACAUACACGCACCCCCUCCGCCCACGGAUUAUCGCAUUAAACCAUUUUUAACACACACACACGCGUGCAAAGCAGAAGGAUAAUUGUGAGAUAAAAUUAACACAAAAACACACACUCCCAUGAACAAUGAACGAUACAUGAGCAGAUGGAGACGAUCUGUCGUGUACGGUGUGCAGCGGUUGAAUAGCAAAAAAAAGGGAACUCGUUCGAUAUUGAUCACACACCAAUACUGGUAAAACAAAUAGAGCAGGACGGCUUACUAGGCAGGCAAAGAAACGUAAUACCGGCAUAUCCAAAGCGAUGGUGGAAAAGAAGAAGGCAAAAGAAAGAGGCAGGACAAAGAAGAUGAAAGUGGAACGAAAAAAAAGUGUAACAUAAAACAAAACAAAAUCAAACACACACCCACACUACCACACACAGCAAAAGGAGAAGAAAAUAUGGCGCAUUAUUACUGGGGUUACCGUACUUUUAUUGUUUUAAAACUCUAUUUUCUUGUUGUUUUAUUAAGGCUUUUGCAGAGCAAAACGGUAGGCAAUCGUGCAUUAUAAGAUACAGAGCAAACAAACAAACAAAACUAACAAAAUACAGCAACAACAAAAAAAAACAAACACACACACAAACACACACAAUGCAGCAAAAACGGUAAGCAUCAAUGUGACAAUUGUUGUACAGCAGGAGCAGCAGUAGUAGCAGUAAGUGCGAUAAAACAUGUAAGAGAUAAGGUAUCGGAACGAAUCCCUAAGAAGUAAUGAAAAAAAUCAUAAAAAUAAAAGAUAGCAAGAUAGAGAGGAUAAGAGAAAAGGAGGAGAAAGAGAAAAAUUAAAUAAGCAACAAAACAGUUAAAAAGAUAAGAACAUAUAAGCAAACAAAACAAAAAAAAACAAACGAGUAGAAAAGAGAAGAAAAGGAAGGCAAGAAAAGAGAAGAGAGAAAUGUAGAGACAACAGAUGAUUCACCCACCUUUUUUGCGGAUAAGUUAUUUGCGUUACGUUAGUGAUCUGGUUAGGCGUUAGUUUUACUUACAAAACAAAACAAAACAAAAAAAAACAUAACAACGCCGAAACAAUGGCAAACAAAGCCAACACGCGCACGCGAUUUGUUUGUUUCGUUUGUUUUUAGCUUGUUUAAGGAUAAUUUAAUGUUAUGCGGGCAGCAGGAAAAGCAGGAAUAGAAAACCGAGAGAAAAAAGAACAUUACUAAACUUACUAACAUACACACAA